UAAAGGGAAAGUGGCUACUUUUGCAAACCGAAAGCGCCAAAGCAUUAGGAGAUGCUGCCGCCUGCUGGUUGUAACCAAGAACCACAAAUUGUAGCGUACAAUAAUGAAAAAUAAGAACGGAACGAAGGCUAAACGCAGUUUAUUCCAGGGGGACACAUUUUAAAGCGCACAACAUUCUGACAGCUACCGCUUUUAUUUUGAAAGACCCAAGGCGGAAUUUAACUUCAUUUUGUGUUUGUUGUUAGCUGGUGAAUGUUUGCGAGAAAUCUGCCCUUGUACCUUUUAUCGGUUUGUUCAUUUGUUAGCCAAGUACUAAUGACAUUGAUUUUUUUUGUAUUGGCCUAAUAUCUGAAUGUCGGUGCAACUAUACUAGGCUAUUUUGUGAAACGACUCGGAUGUAGUAGCAAGCUAACGUUUACUGUUCGAACAUGCUCGUAAGCAAAGCUAGCUGACUUUACAGAUAAUAUAAAGGUGACGAUAGGUUUAGCUAGUGUCAUUACCAAAUCGGAGGCUUUGGCUAUGGUGUCUCGACAUCAGAAGCGCGUUUUGCGGUAUGUGGAGGAGGGAAGUCUGCUAAAACUAAAGUCCUAUCUGCGCAAACACCCAGACGUGGAGCUGAACUUUUCCUCGGGGAAAAAACGAAGGGGGCCCUUGCAUGUGGCCUGUUCGCUCGGCGACGACGGCGUGCUGCGGCUCCUGCUGAAGAACGGAGCGGAUCCGCUUCUUGGGGACCGAAACGGGGAGACGCCUCUGCACCUGGCAGCCAAAAGGGCUCUCAAACGCGGCAAACGGGCCUACGAUGACCUGGUGGUCCCCCUUCAGAAGAGUUGUCCCGUCGCCAUGGAAACGCCGAACAAAGCUGGAGUCACGCCUAAGGAUUUGCUGCAAUGGAUGAGAGAAGAUCAGUUUCGGGAACCGCCCGUAAACGGCGGCAGCUCCACGGCAACCGACGCUGAUCGAGCGUGGCGGGACAAGCUUUUCGGCGAAUGCCAGGACGAGUUCUACGAGACCUUCGGGCAGUACGACGAAGACUUCCUGCACGAUGACGUAGACUCGGAGGACUUCGGCGAUUGGGCGGAACGCAUCCGGCGGGAGUACGCGACGAGGCAGCGCUCCCGGGCCCAGCGAGAGGCGGCGGCGGCGGCGGUGGGCUCGAAGGGGAGGAAGAGGAGGAAGACGAAGGAGGAGGCGGAGGAGGAAGAACGCGACCGGCGGGAGCUCCAGGAGAGGCUCCAGAGGGAGCACGAGGAGUACCUGGCGCGGGCGGCGAGGAAGGAGGCGGAGACUCGGCUGAGCAGGCGGCGGCAGUACGAGGAGCGGUGCGCCGCGACGUUCAGCGGUGGCGGCGGCUCGGCCGCGCGGCUGGGCUAUGCGGACAUCCCCUGGCCCGCGCCCCGCGGCACCGUGGGGGAGAUGGUGGAGGUGAUGCUCCACGGCGCCGACCGCACCGACCUGCCCACCUUCCGGAAGCUUCUGAAGCGGCAGCAGGCGCUCUGGCACCCGGACAAGUUCGCCCAGCGCUGCGGCGACCGGCUGGAGGACGGCGAUCGGACGCGCAUCCUGGACACGGUCACUGCGCUCUCCCAGGAGCUCAACAGGCUGGCCCAGAGCGUCAGGUGACCCGCCCCGAGCGUCAGGUGACCCGCCCAGAGCGUCAGGUGACCCGCCCCAGAGCGUCAGGUGACCCGCCCAGAGCGUCAGGUGACCCGCCCAGAGCGUCAGGUGACCCGCCCCAGAGCGUCCGGUGACCCGCCCAGAGCGUCAGGUGACCCGCCCAGAGCGUCAGGUGACCCUCCCCGAGCGUCAGGUGACCCGCCCGGAGCGUCAGGUGGCCCGCCUGGAGCGUCAGGUGACCCGCCCCGGAGCGUCAGGUGACCCGCCCGGAGCGCCAGGUGACCUGCCUGCUGGGCGUGAGGGCGUGGCCACGCUGACCCCGAGGUCACCGCUCAGGUGUAUCGCAUCGAGAAACGGAAAAAACGAAUUCAACGGCUUCGUCGUUUCAUCUGGCGACAAGCGGGCGCCAACCUUUGCGUUGCGGGUAAACGCAGAACAAAUGGAACGCGGGUCAGCCUUUCCCGUUGGCACUGAAAACUGUGGGUGUGCAGCUAGCCAAUGAGAGGCUGAGGAUAUUUGAAAAGCAGUUCACCGACCCAGCAAAUAGACCAAAAAGAUUGCAUUUGUUAGAGGAUGGCAACGUGCACCUUAGCGUCUGUGGAUCGAAGUGGGGAAACUGCAUAAAUGUGAAUUUAACACAAACUAUUAAUUUAAAUUAAUUUAUUUUACAUCGCAAGACAUACAUCCAGUUCUCCAACUGCCAGUGGUGGGAAUGAUUGUGUCACCCCUCACGCCCCCCUCCCCCCCGGACCUGCCCAGUUCAGUUAAAUCCUUAUGUUGAGCCCCUGUUUGUCGAAACUCUGGAAUACACAAAUAUAUUCAUAAUUUUAUAGUCAUCAUAUUAAUCACAAGUGUGACCUCUCACCUUCUCUGGGAGUUUGUGAGAUGAGUCAUCUAGUCAUUCAAAUGCCUGCAUAUAGUCAGUUUCGGAUUUGACUCAGGGAUUGUUUCAUAUCAGAUUCAUAUGAGACGAUUAGCACUUGCGUAAAAUAAACCUGUUUUCAUCCAUA